GUCUCACUUCCGCACACCCGCUCGAUAUGAAAACAUUGCCACUGACAUUCGGACAACAGUUGUUUACAGUAAGACAAAUGAAUCGCUCAAAUUAGGUCAAACGCAGACGAAAUGGCAACGGGGUUGAGCACCCCUUUCGCUUCUGCUUCAGCACCUGUUGCUACGAUAGGUGGUGCACCUAUGCCUGCUCUUCCAGGGAAAGGAUUACCAGCGAAGAAAUCUUCUGCCUCAGAGCUUCUUGACCAAAUACGCCAGUUGGAAAUUGAAGGGAAUAAACUAAGAUCUACAAAUCUAGAAACAGGUUCUAUAACAUCCAGUGGUACAGACUAUGGAAGCUAUAGAUCGGACACUGAGAUGCCUGGGUAUAGCCAUGGUAAACCAGUCAUUGUUCCUACCUCACCCGCUACACUGUCAGCACUGGUAGACAUCUCCGCUGAACAGAAAACUAUAUCUGACCUCAGGCCUGUGAAAAUGACUCAGCUGGAUGCUCAGAGGAAGGAGACAGACAGACUACAGCACCAUAUGUUGAACGACUACCCAAUGUCCAAACAUGUACCUGUCCAGUCCUCCAUGAUACCCAGUAGUCCAUCAAAAACUGGCUUCUCUACUCUCCCUUCUACAGAACUCUUCGCUGCCAGGAGACCAACUUAUGAAUAUGGACCACCAUCCCACUUGGAGAAGGCCCUUAAGGAUUCCCAGGAGCAGGUCACAGAUCUGAGACGGAGGUUACAGGAGGCAAAUGACCAAUCAGAGUUACAGAAAAGGCAGUUCCGUAGUAAUAUAGAGGAGCUGAAGGGGAAACUCCACGAGACAGUGACAAACAGAGAGGCUGUCCUAGACUUACGAGUAAAGGAAUCGGCCAAUCAGGAGACUUUGUUGGCAAAGAUGCAGGGUCAGGUACAUCAGCUGACAGAGAAGUGUCGGGCCCAGGAGGAGGCAUUGGGUGAUGCCGGGAGACAGAUGGAUGACAAUACGAGAGACAAGUACCUGUCCGACACAGCUCUCAACCAGACCAGACAGAUCCUAGUGGAUGCUGAGAGGAAGCGUGGGCGUCCGUUCUUUGAUUCUGACCCAGCGAGUAAACAGGCACCUGGAAUGCUUGUUCACACCCUGGAACGAUGUAUGCAGGAAAUGAGUGCUGACAUCACACAGAAAUCACAGAAAAUACACGAGCUAGAGAAGGAGAUUCUUUCUCUUAAACACAACAUCAGCCACGACAAGGAGACCCUCAUCCGGGAACAGCAAGACAAAAUCUCAUCAAUGACCACCGAACACGAAAAACAGAUGCAGUCUGCGUCAGAACGGGCGAAUAAUGCCAGGAAGCAAACUGUGACUCUGCAGUCUCAGCUAGCCAUGAUAGAGGGUCAGUUUGAGCAGCAGAUGAAGAUGAAGGAUGUGAUGAUACUAGACUUAGAACAGAAAGUCCGCCAUUUAAAAGAAGAAUUCUCAGAUGAUAGGACCAAAUGGCAGCAAAAGAAGGAAACUCUGGAGGAAUCCCUGGAAAAGACUCACAAAGAAGUCAGUGCCAUGAGGAAGGAGAGGGACGAUGCCAUUCGCAAUCACUCAUCUCUAGAGGGCAAGCUAGAGGACCACCAAAACACAGCGGCCCGACUGCAGGCCGAGGUACACCUGGAGAAGCAGCGCUGUAGUCAAAUGUCCGACAAGGAGACCAUGAUGAGGACAAGGCAGACCGAGCUGGAGACCAAAUUAGAGGAGAAACAGCGGGAUGUAGAGCGACUGGAGAAGAUGUUGGAGCUCAUCAGACACGAGUGUAACGCUCAGGUCAAUGAAAAGAUAUCGUACGCAGAGCGACAGGAGAGAGAUCGUCACCUGGACCAAAUCAGCAGUCUAACCUCACAGCUCAGUAGUAUGACGGAGAAGUGCAAUAGAAACACCCUGGACCUGGAAAUGACCAGAUCUGAGUGUGCUAAUCUCAAAAAACAAUUACGGGAAACCUCCGAAAAAUUUGAAUCAACCAAAAUCCAGCAAGAAUCAUUGUCAGUCGAGAAGAAUCAUGUAUCUAACAUGCUGAGUGAUAAAAAGUCAGAAAUGGAAAGAGUGACACAAGAAAAAGACUAUUAUUCUAAUAUGUUAGAACAAAAAAAUGAGGAAUUAUCACAAUUAAAGACUCAGAAGGAACGAUUAGCUAUCCAGUUAGAGGAGAAAGACAAAAACCUGUUAAUGUUACAACAACAAUCCUCAAACUUCACUCAGUUCAUGGAGACAAAUUCUCGGACUCAUGAAAAUCUCAGGGAAGAAAAAGACAAUCUAUUGAAAAUAAUUACAGACCAGAAAUCUACAUUAGAAGAACUGAGAAGUUCUCGAGAGAAUAUGGCAAAGAAGAUGAAAAUAAGAGAAAAACGAGUCAGGGAGUUAGAAGAAACGAAGAAGAAGUCUGUAGAUGAGAUACAGCUGCGUUUGGAGGAGAUGGGGAUACUACAGCAGGAAAAAGAUAGUCUGUACCAGGAGCUGAAGGAGAGUCGAUACGAGGUGGCUAACCUCACGGAGGAGAAGGAUUCAGUCAAACACAACCUCGAACUCCAGAAGUCCGACCUGCAGCAAACCCUGGCACGGGCACAAUCAAAAUGUAAAGCAAUGGAGCAGGAAUUCAAGCUGGCACACAGAACUCUGAAGUCAAGAGAGUCAGCAGAUCACCAAGCUGUGAAGGUGGCAGACAAGAUGCAGAAGGAGGUUACCCUGAAGCGGAGUGAGAUAGACUCCCUAAAGACCAAGGUCCGGUGGCUGGAGGACAAACUGGACUCCCUCUCAAGGGAACGAAACAGUCUGGAGGGUGACAAAGACAGACUGAAGAUGUCCCUCAACAAGUCUCUCACUCACAACCAUCAGAUCACUGCAGACCUCGAGGUGUCCCAGGGGCAGGUCAUGGAGCUUCGCACACAGAUCAAUCGACUAGAGGUCUCACUGGAGAAGUUGAAACGCUCCACCACUCAGGACCGGAAAAGUGUUCAUGUUAUGAUGACAGAAACCCCCCUGAAUGUGGCUAAAAAGGCUAACACUAAGACCGCCACUACUCAGGCACAGCUGGAGCAGUUUGAACAGGAGCUCACCUGCCUCAAGCUCAAACACCAGCUGGAUAUGCAGGAAGCAAUUCAGAAGACAACUCAGAGAAAAGGUCAAGGUCAAAAAGACCCAGUAGCUGUGUACUACCCUCAGGAGGAGGGUAACCUUGACCUUAUAAAGGGAGGAAAGAGUAGUCAGCUGACAGACCGACAGAUCCCCACAAGGGACACUGAUGACUACCGGGGUGAGCUCAAGACACUUCUCCACGAAAUGAGGACACUGAUAUCAGAGAAAAAGGAUAGGAACAACCAUGCACGUCCUUCCUUACACCGUCGUUAUAACUCGGCCAACGUACCAGUUCAGACAAACAUUCCUGCAGGACAUUACAGGCUGUAUUCAUCCUCAGAAACUGAGGAGUACCAUUCUGAUAACGAAGUGGACAGGACCCUCAACGGGUCAAGGUCACGGUCAAAGUUCGACUACUCCGGCAUGUCAUCAAUGAAAGGAUCAAGGUCGAGGUCACUGUCACCUGUCCAUCAAUAUCAGAGACGGCACAGUUUAGACACAACGGCAGUAACAAGGUCACCUCACAGUUAUAUCUCAAGGUCACCUGAAUUCAUGAGGAAGUCAGGAUCCUCACGACUUGGAACGUAUGGCAACGACCUGAGCCAGGAAACUGAGUCAUUGGCUCACCAGGACAACGAGGUCAAACCAGGCUCAACCCGACUGGUAUCUAAUACACAGGAUCUGUGUAAGAGGUUGGAGGAGAGAAUAGAAUCACUGUCCAAGAUGGGCGGGUCACUACAGAAAGAAAACAAAGAGAUGGCUGACCUGAUGAAACAACAGGGUAAGAAGAUCCGCAAGGCAAAAGAUAACUCUAAGAAGAUCAGGAAGGUUGUGAGGUGACACAACAUACUCUGAAAUUAAUGAGGACAGCUUGAUAAUUGUUAAUAUGUACCGGUUCAAUAUGGAUUAGAUAGGAAAGCAGCUGUGAGUAGACCUUAUUAUGAGCAGUUUUCAGUGAAUGUAUCCUUAAAUUAAGUGUGCUGAUUUAAUUAGCCAAUCAGGAUAGUUUUGGUUUGUAGGCAGUGAUAUUGUGCCAAAUUCAUCCUGUAGAUGUAUUGUACUAAAAUUAUUUAUUCAUAAAUGGAGGAAACAUUUUGUUUCCUCAAAGUUGAUAAUCACGUAUUUGAUCAGGCUUCAUUGAAAUGAAGGGAUAUACUUAAUGAUCUUAAUUUGCUCUGAAAAUCUGGAUCAAUAAGGUUGUAAAUUAAACAUAAUGAUGAUACAUCAUACCUUUCCUCUUGCUUGAUCUGUUGGAUUAAAAUAAGUUAAACAUAAGAACCAGUCAAUUCAACAAUAUGCUUUACACACAUUUGCCUAACACUUGUAUUGGUCUUAAAGGAUGCAGGUGUGCCUGAUGUUUUGUGUACUAUGUGAGUUUGGUAGUGUUUCCUUAUUGGGACUCUCUAGCUGAUGUUUUGUGUACUAUGUGAGUUUGGUAGUGUUUCCUUAUUGGGACUCUAGUAAUACACUUAUGCCCUCUAACUGUAAUUUGUUGUUGUUCCCCGAGUGUUUUCAAAGCCUGUUGAAGGAAUUUGCAAAAAUUACUGUGUAAAAGGAUGUUUGAGUGAGUAAAUUCAAUAAUUGUUUCAAAACACCCACCCGAUGCCUGUUAAAAAUUGACAGUUGAUCAAGAUGAAUUACUCCAGGACAUUGUUUUGUCGCAUAACUACUUGUUAAUUUGUUUGUAUUUGUUAAAUUAUUUCGUGUUAGUUUGUUUCCAUUGAACACUAUUACAGUAAACCUUUCAUCAGUUGAUGAGAAUAGACCAUAAACUGUCCACAGUAAACAUCGUUUCACGUUAAGGCGGAAUGAUUAUGUGUUUAAAUUGCAGCAAGCUUUUUCAAUUAGAACAGUGUUAAAAUGAUAUUGAUUGAGUGUAGCUUUUUGACACGGUCUCGCACUUCAGGAAGCCAAACAUAAGCUUGGUAAUAGGAUCACAGUAUGAUUUAUGUCUUGUAAUACCAAGAAGAUGUCAUGGUGUAAAACAAAUUGGAAAGAUCUAUGGAAUUUGAUUUAUUUACCACACAGAGCAACUCAACUAUGUUGUGUUCUGUAUUGGUGUACUGGCGUUAUGGACAAAUUGUUUAAAUAGUAGCUGGUUUACUGUAAAAUAUGUGUUAGCCUCUAUUAUCUCCGUGAUUUUGAUGUGUGCACAAAAACAGGAUAUUUGGUCCAUUUGCAAAUAUGAGGCAUAUUGAAAAUUCUGUUGAGAUAAGCGUUUUAUUGACUGUUAUAUUCAGAUAAGGAAUAUAAUGGAUUUUACUCUAAUCUGUUGGGAAAUAUUACCAUACUGGCGGGGUAUUUAAUUGGAAACCUGUUACGUGAUUGACAACGGUAUUGUACACAAAGCCUUUUUAAUUAGAGGAAGAGUAAUGGUGAAAGGUUUAGAUGAAAUGAAACACGAUGUUUUCAUGUUAAUAGUGCGAUGAAUCACCUGUAAUCGAUGUUUAACCUUUGCCUUUGUUCAGAAUAGUUUUGAAAUUACCCUUUUGGAAUGUUUCGAUUUUAAAGGUGGACAUUUGAUUGUUUUCGGAUUUUUGUUUUCUCAAAAACAAAAAAAACAAAAAAAAAACGACACAAAAACCACAACAAACCAGUCGAACUACAUAUAUAUUCUACCGAACAUAUAUAUGGUCAAGUUAUGCCAACAGUUUGUCUGGCUUUCCUAGAAGGCUAUACACUACCGAAUUGGUCUGAUCUUCUUUAACACCUCAGACGUGUAUCAAAACACUAACAACAAGUAUAUACAUCUAUCUGAGCAAUUAUUGAUUAAGUAACGAAGUAUAUACUCAAGAGAAAAUACCUCAGUAUUUACAUCGUAUAUCACAUUUAUUUUUCAUUUUUAUCUUUGCUUGCCGUAGGUUUGGUAUUAUAUAAGGGGUUGAUUGUAAUAAGCCACAUUAUCUGUAUCUUUUAAAGGAAAACAACCUUCUUCUCCCGUACAGAAAUUUCAAAUUAAUUCAAGCUGUGAUAAGUAAUAUAGAAAAAAAUAUGUAGAAGUACAACACAAAAUGGACAAAAUCGGAAUUCGCUGUCGGCACUAACAGACAAUAACGGGAGCCAAAAUUCACUCAAAUGAACAACAACUAGUGAAACCAGGUGGCCCGAAACGACAGGCAUUUCCUGUGCCAUAUAUUGUGCCUUUCAUUUGGCUCCUAUCAAAUCCAAUUUUGUAGCAAAUAAAUAAAAUAAAUUACAACAUGUCAUUAAAAAUCGUUAAAAAUACCCCACCUAUGUUAACUCAUAAAGUCUUAAAAUACUCUUUAAUAUUCUCUCCAACAAAUAGUUGUAAAUAUAUCACACAACUUUAAUCAAUACAGUUCGCUGAGUAAUUCCUCCAUGAGAGAAAACAUUACGUUUCUGUAACAUCGUUUUGUAGAGUACAUCUGAUAUAAUUGUGAAGACAGGGAAGGUGGAACUUGAAGCAAAGUCACUUUUAAAAACAAUGAUUUUGUCUCAAUACUAUAAUGUUUUUGUAUUGGAAAACAGUCCUGUUAUCUUGUUCUUUGUAUGUACCAUUUAAUGAUUGAUGUUUUGUAGGAUUUCGCACUACUAGUAUUACUUCAACUCAUUGACAGAAUCUCAUAAUUUUCUGAAGUGGAUGACGAUUUGCACAUCUUUAGUAUCGAAAGUCUCUGAAAAUAUUGAAUUCUUUUAAUAUAUGUAUGGAAUGAGAAAUCGUCGUGGGCGAUGGAAUAAUACCAGGGGUAACUUGACCCACGAUCAUGAACCCCAAAAAAACUAAUAAGAAUUUGCCAUUUAUCUGAUCGUUUAUAUUGUAGUUCUAAACCUGACGAAAACAAGAUAAUUCAAGAUAUGUUCAGCUAAAAAUACUAUAAAUCUGUCAAUAAAAAAUGGUAUUUAACCAAACUUGCUUGUCGAAUUGUUUGGAUGACCUUUUGCUGUGACGUCUGACAUAUAUUUCCUCCCGAUGUAAUGGACAAGAAAGUUCGUAGAUUAAGAUUAGGUAGAUUCGAGGAAAUCUGUUAGAGUUAUUAUGUACUGUAAUAACUAUAGGCCAGUAUAUUGUUUAACAAAUGUCCCGGAUAAUGUUUAUAAAAUAAUGCAUUUCAGUAAAAUCUUUCCAUAUGCACAUUUAUGUUUCAUAUCCGAUUCCUUUCAGCUGUUGAUCAUUCAAGCGUUCAAUAAUCUCUUCUAAUCUUUGGAUUAUCAAUAAACAUGUUAUGUAUGGUCAAUCAUUUUCAUUGUUUUAUUGCAUUAAAAGUGGCAUUGGAAUAAUCAAUAAAUAAAUUUUUAAAAUGGCGUAUGACAGCGCGUGUCCAUCUCCAAUCCCUCUUUACGUCACGAGAUAAUCGACCAUUAUUACGCGUAUAUUCAAAUACAUUUCUUGUUCCUUAACGCCCCGAAUGAUGUGUCAUUUGGAAUGUCUAGAUUAUGAACGAUGUAACGAUCAAAAGGCCUAUAAAAGCGUUUCUGUGUUACAUCUUCAGUGUCAGCGUUACAGAGUCAUCCCGUCCGAUUACAAUUCUAUCACACCCGCCCACACAAACUAUUUCUCUGGAAUGGUAGAUUUCUGUGGCGACUUACGAUCAGUACAGUUAUUUCAUUUUAUUUUCAAGUCAGUACUUCGGAAUACUUUGAAGAGCUAGGGUUUUUUUUCAAUGGAAUCGGGGCAAUUUAGAAUAUACAUUAUUUUUACCAUUAAAUACAUGUACAACUGGAAUAGGUUAACUAUGCUGAGAGUGGAUGUGCAUUUGUGUUGAAUUAGACCGACACAUUCAGUUUAGUUAGUAGUGUUCUGGUUUAUAUUUGAUAGAAACUGUUACCAAUUACCGUCGACUGGUGUCAUUGGAGCAUUGUUUGAUUGUUUUCUCUUUGAUCUCCACUUGUAUCAUCAGCGUCCAUAUUGGAAUUUAUACUAUUUACAUUCCCCUGAAAACAAGUCUAGUUUUUUUUAUCUGUGAUAUGUAUAGGCGUUUCAAACUCCAACUUUUAAUGCUUUUGUUUUCUGCGACCAUUUUAUAUCCGUUCCUUUUUCAUUUCUUUUCAUAUGGUUUUGUAUCGUUUGUUUAAAGGAGUGUAUAUUAUCUGUAGAAUGUUUAUAUAAAUGUACAUUAAGUUGUAUUUAUUUCAA